UGAUUUGCAUAAUGGUAAUAACAUCCUACAACGCGCACCUGGUUCCGCAACUCAUGUGUCCAAAAGCUCAGACCAUUAAUUUGCAAAGGUCGGAAAACACUUUGACUUCAAAAUGUGCCACAUAAAUAUGUACGCACAGAAUAUUUUUUGCACGUGCGUCAAAAUAUGUAUGAUUUCUUCAACUAGUGUGCUGGUCAAAAUGAGCAUAAACGCAUAAAAAUAGGAAAUGCAGCUUAUUUUGUAUCUUUCCAAUCUUUGUAUCAUGUUGAAUUGUUGACCUCCUCGGUUAAAUAACUUGAAUGCAGUUGGGACUAGUUGGGAGGAAGCGAUAAAGUGAUCGUGAAAGAGUUUCACUUGUGAAUUGAUCAUCAUCCACCAACCACUUUUUAGCUGUUGUUGGAUUGUUCUUGACUUUGGGGGCAGGUGAGAUUGGCACAAGUAUAACAAUGAGAUUAUUGCAUUGGAUUACUUGUUUUGUAGGCAGUGACACAAGUCAGAUUACUGAAACGAUCAGAUGGCUUUUCUGACCGGUUGUCUCUCAUGAUUUUCAUUUCUGUGUGCAACAAGGUUACAAAUUCGAAUGCAUUAAAUUGGAAAUUGUAACAGUGAGCAUAAUUGGAUUGGAAAUUGUAACUGAUUGUCGAUUUAUUUAAGUAAUGGUCUCGCACACGGGGCUUGGUCAAAUUAAGCUAAUUUGACUAACUAGCCGAUAAAAUUUGGACCAACAAUUUAGUUGAGAUUCGCAAUGCAAAAAUGCCAAAAACACUGAUUUCUCAGGGGUUCAAUGAUUUGUGAAAAGUUCGGCAUGAAACAGGUUGGAUUGAACAUUUUAUGCAUGCAAGCAACAUUAAAUAGCCGUGAACUCUUUUUACCAUUUAUAUAAGUUUCCAUCCCUUUACUUGUAAACGUUUGCAAUUUCUUUGGUAUUGGGAAAUUGCGGCUGAUUUUUUAAGUUGAAAUUGGUUCAUUAUAUUUUGACAAUGGAAGGACAACAAAGGGAAUGAGAGCAGAGGAGGCCGGCUGGAAAAAGAGUUGAUUAUUACACAAGCGAGAUUGUGGCUGUCACAAAUUUGGUGUCCCUCUCGCUCUCCGCGCUGAUUGAUGAUGAAUGUUUCCCCUCGUGUACGGGUCGGCACUUGUGCUUUCCUUCCACAAAGUGGGUGAGAGGCGGCUUCCUUUGAUCUCAACUUUCGGCAAAACUCCAUAGCCGCCGCUGUUUAUUUUAACUCUUAAUCCCUUAACUACCUCACUACCACAUGCACCCCUCCCACCCAGCCAUCCGUCGUCCUCCCAGUGCAGUGCUACGACCACGGGUCACAACAUAACCUGUCCCAGCAGUGGCAACAGUGCUCCAGCCAGCACCACAACACCUCGUCAUCUGUCCAAAACCUGUCUCAAGUUCCCUGAGCACCAGUCCUUGUCUCAACUCACACAGCCGCAGUGCCUUAUAUGUAAAUAGAGUGACCUAUUUUUGGACAAUGCGUGACACUUGACUAGCAAUUUAGAGGAGCAAGGACAUCAUAAAAAGAACAUCAAUUCUUAUUGAUUCGAAAAAGUCAUGAGUUUCGCGUCACUCGCGUUCGUGGCGUUUUUGCUGUUGUGGAGUGAAAGUGGUUGCGCUCCUCAGUCCGAACCGAACGAGAACUCGAGCACUGCUCAUGUCGGGAGCAGUGUGAAGGUGGGGAAGGGGGGAAAUAGUGCGCGACACUCCUCAACCCGAACCAGUGGCACGUCCAACAAGGUCAACGACGCCAACGUCAUCACCCCACAACUGACCAUGAAAUGGGUGUCAGCCGCCCUGAAGCAUUUUGACUUUCACUCCUGCACCUCCACCAACAUCGGGUCCGACGACGAAUGUUUCAAGCUGGGCCAGCUGGGUCGUGACCAGGUUGCCGUCUACUUGGGCCAUGCGCGGAGAGGGGGGAGCAAACUCCUCGGAGGAGGACAUCCUGGCAGCAGUCAGAAUGGGACCACGAAAGUGGGGCCCGCCUCACCUCCCACAAAUUUGGAGAAGGUUUUCGCCAUUCUGCCCGACUCGAACAGUGCCAAGGCGAGUGGAGGACAUGACGCCGUGUUGGUGCUGGACCCGUAUCCCAACGCCACGUUUGGUCACUUGGUGGCAAUGUUCUACCUCGAUUUCGUCACGGCGAACGAAUGUCGGGAUGACUUUCAGACAUUCACUUCAGACGGAACCUGCCUCACGGUGGGUCGAAAGGCACGAUGUCCCAACUCCUUGGAACGCUUCACUCCCCGUCUCCAACCCAAAAGGUGUCAUGUCGACUUUUUGCCCACGGUUUACACUGCCGAAAGGGUGGCCAUGUCGCCCCUGACGCAAGGAAAAGCUGACCUUUCCCGCUACCCCGACCUCUUGGAGUGUGUCCCUCUCUCCGGAUUUGCACCCUGUCCCAAACUCAGAUCCGUCGAGGACACGACCAAAGUUCUCUGUGACACCACACUUGCCAACUCUAAACGUUGUGACACUUCGCACGCCACGGUGGGCUCGACUUGCAAACUAUUCCAAUCCUGUGACAGGGCCAUUCUUAUCGGAGGUGGGUGGAACAGGGCCCACUCUCCCGUCCAGUCGCUCACAAACAUUGCCCACAUUUCUGACUCGCUCAUUAAAAAUUCUGGAUUCUCUCCUGACAACAUUAAAACGUUUUAUGGGAACGGUAAAAUCUCGGGCUCCAUUCCCAAAAUAACAUCCACUUCCACACUUCUUCAUCAGCCUCUCCCCCUCAAACGUGGCGACUACUUCUCCUCCGCCAUGAAAACGGCGCUCCGUGGUCACAUCCGGACCACGUGUGACAAUCGCCACUGUGCAGACACCUUGUUCAUCUAUCUCAACAAUCCGACCACCUUCGAGGGUGACUUUCUCCUCUGGGACGUGGACCGGAAUGGCAUCGCUGAUGAGCUGGAGACUUACACCGUGAAAGAGUUUCUCUCGGACUUGGCUGGAUGUGAGGCGAAACGCGUCGUUGUGAUGGUGGAGCAGUCCAACUCGGACAUUCUCAUGGCGUCCUUGAAGAGCAGUUCGGAUCAUGCAAAUGUCAUCCUGUUCACGGCUGCGUUGCCAAAUGAGGUCGUCACGUUGGGAGAGUUUACGGGGAGAUGGGUCAACAGCUCGUACAACCCGACGGCAUGUUUGCGGCACGUAUAUCAGAUAACCGCGUCCUACAUGAUAGGAUCAAAUCCCGUGUUUUACGACACGAGUCGUAACGGACUCAGUUCAAAGUUGAGUUUGGUGGGGGCGCCGUGUGAUCUCAACCCUCCUGUCAGUAGUGGCGAGCUUAAAGCGCUCUAUCAAGGUUGCCAAAACGUGCCCACUUCGAUCUGGUUCUCCUUUGAUUUUGACGAAAUCGGGGAGGAGAUGGACCUGGAUGGUGGGCGUGUUGGAGGGAUGGACGCAGAAUCGCCUGCCAGAAGAGAUCUGCUGGGCAAUGAGGAAGAGCACCCCGUUGACAAUUCAUCCGACCAGAGCGACCAUCCCAAACGAAGCCUUGAUAGCGAAAGGUCUCAUCACCGUCAUCAUCAUCGCCACUCUUCGUCGUCAUCCGCAACGAAGAGGCGGCGUGUGAGAUCAAAAUCAAAAACACGGAAUUUAGACCCUUCGUAGCACGACACGGUGAUCAUUAAAUAAUUAAUUAACGAAUUAAGUAUCGUACAUAAAAGGAAGCAAUUAUAUUGUACAGACUGAAGAAGUUGGUGAUAUUUUUAGUAGAAACAAAAGGUUUAACAUCGUUCAUGUAAUCAUAUUUUUAUGUAAUUCAAGAACAUAAUUGCCUGUAAAUGUCUGUUGUAUGUACAUUUUGUAAUAAUACAAUUCAAUGAGUAUGUAUCUGUAAAA